AUGGUAAAACCACUAUUGAUGGUUCCUUCGAGUGUGAUUGUGUCACCUUUGGUGAGAGUAUCAUUGGUCUUGAUAGGUUUGCCACCUUUGGUGAGAGUGGCACUUUGGAGACGUCCAGUGAGAGUUAGUGUCUCACCGGUAUAUCACCACCAAGUGUACACACCAGACUUCACCAACGAGGGCAAGUGUAAGGCUAUCACUCCUAUAUAUGACAAACCUUGUUUAGUUAUCAAAACUAGUAUUUGUCAUACUAACAAUCUCAAAAACUAUGAAAUACAGCAGAAGGCCAACUCACUUAGCUCCACUGCCAGUACUCAAUCUAACAUUGAACUUGCUUCAACUCAGGAUACUGAUCUCAAUAAAUCGGGUAAUACUGCUCAAACUGGACUCCAGGCUAAAGCCAAUGAACUAAAGGAGAAGGCUGAAGCACUUCACGGAGCAGCAAAAGAACUAGAAACGGCUGCUGGUACGACUGGUAGUCCACUUCAACCACUUAAUGCUCCAGCCACAGCUCUUAAGAAUGCUGCCGGUAAUGAAGGUAGUGGUGAUGGUCUAUAUAAGAAAGCCCAGGCACUAGCUGGAGUUGGUCAAGGUGCUGCUAGUGCUCAGGCCAAUGCAGUCAUAACAGCAUUUGAAGCAGUUGAAACCCAGUACAAUGAACUAAUGAAACAAGCCAGUACUAAUGGGCUAACCAAUAGUCCUGAGGUCAUCGGUGUUGUCAAGAAAUUCCAUGAGGUUAAGACCACCUAUUACCAAAUGCUCAUAGGAUACAGGUUUAGAUACCAAGUUGGUGAUGGUUCAACUGAUGGUAUGAUUCUCAAUAAGGCCUCAGAACUACAUGAGAAAGCCAGCACACUAGCCGGUGCCCAAGGACUUAAAGCUCAACCAAAUCAAGAUCCUCAAGCUGAUCCUCACCAACAACUCAGGGAACUUGCCACCGAACUUUCCAAUGCUGUAGGAGAAAAUACAGGUUCCCCAAAUUCUCUCCAACAGGCCCUCAGUCAACUCAAAGGUGCUACUAAUGAUUCACUGAUUGUUGAAAAGGCCCAAGACGUAAUCCAGAAGUACAACGAAGUCACUGAAAAAUACGGUAAGGUUAAGGAGAAAGAUUCUGAUUAUAAAGAUCUUGCUACUGGCGAAUAUACUCAAGUUAAAUCUGCUUUCGAAGCGCUUGAAAAAAAGUUUGAUGCCCUUAAGAAUUCCUAUGAAAAUGUCCUUAAACUCAGGGUUCAGGAACUAUCCCAAAAGGCCCAAGAGCUUUACAUCAAAGCCAAUACACUAGCUGGUGUUGUUUCUGAACUUAGUUCUCAAGCCAACGCUCUUAGGGAUGCAGCCAGUAAAACAGGUGGUACUAGUGAUGGUCUCCAACAAAAAGCAACUAAACUAGUAGAAGCUAUCAAUACUGAACCUGGUGACCCUAGUGGAACUAAUGCCAGUGCGGUCAUAACUCAAUUCAACACAGUCAGAACAGCGUACAAUGAACUGGCAAAACUCGAUAAAUACUCAGCUGUCGUAGAUAAAAUAAAAAAAGGUGAAACAGUAUCUCAACCUGAUGAACAAAAGGUCAAAGAGGUUGAGGAUGCCUACAACAAUCUCAAGAAAGUAUAUGACAAGAUCUUAAACGUGAGUAAAACAACCACACUUAGAGUUAAAGCUGGUGCAAGCUCUUCUGAAGGACUCCGAGCACUGGCCAGUACACUACAUUCCCAAGCCAAUGACCUAUACACUGCAGUUCAUACUGCUGAUAGUCAGGCCAAUGCUGCCAAAGUACUCAAGGUUAAGGCUGGUACAGAUACUCAAAAAACUGAUUCUAAAUAUCUAAGGAAACUCGCAGCUGAUCUAUACACUAAAGCCAGUGAACUAGCCGACGCAGUUGGUGGUAGUGAUAAUAAUGCUGCCAAAAAUCUUAAAGAUGCUGUCGGUUCAGAUGAAAUCACUGCUACAGAUAAACUUCGAGCUAAACUCAAAGAACUUGCUUCUGCUCAAGAUACUCAACUAUCUAAGAAGGCCCAGGAUGUUAGAGAUAAAUACGACGCAGUCGAACCUCUAUUCGAAGCAGUUAAGAGUAAACAAUCUGCAUAUGCCGGUCAUCAAGAUAAGUUUGAAGCAGUUGUGAAGGCAUGGAAUGCUUUUAAUGAAGUUUAUAAGCCUGAAGAAAAACUUGCCACUGCUGUCGGAGCUGCUGAUCAGGCUGGUGAAACUGGUAAACCUAAUACUCUUCGGGAGGCUCUACAUCAACUUGGUACUGAUCCAGGUACUGAACCUGAUAAUCUAUCUGCUAUGAACAAAGAUGUUAAAACUCAAUACAACACUGUUAAAUAUAAAUUCGACUUGGUCAAGAAUCAAGAGUCUGCAUACGAAGCUGCACAGGGUAAUUUUAAAACUGAGAAAUAUGAUCCACUUGUAACUGCCUUCAACGAUUUUAAUAACUCCUAUAGAGAGGCCAUAUAUCCUACUAAGUUCUACUCCAUCAUCGUUCCUUCAAUCAUUAGUAUGCUAUCAGACUAUCUCAGAAAAUAG